GUUGUGAUAAACUUAUUAAAUAGGUAGUAUAGUUUGAGUUAGUAUAGAUGGCAGAAGCGAAUGCGGCCGUGGCCUUCCGCUUCGAGGUGGGGGACGAUGGACUGAGAUACCAUAUAGACAAUGAUGCAGUGGCUGCCAUUGGACUCGCCAUAUGUAGAGGGUGGAGACGCUGGGCUUACGACACCGCCAACAGAUUGAAGAAUUGGUUGCCGACUACUAGACUGACUGUAGUGGCAGUUCCAUCCUCCUUAGUCCUCUUCCACUUUGGCAAGUUCGACUGGACAGUCAGUCUGCGCUCUAUGGUGAAUGAGAAACUCAGCGCCCUUCCAGCAGCCUACAGAGUCAUGCUAACUUCCAGUGUCAUAUACAUAGGAUGUGCAAUGGGAAUCAAGAAGAUGCUCAAACUAACCCUUAGAUACAACGGAUUCAUGUAUGACAAACCCAAGAAAGUGUCAAUCAAGACUCGCAUAUGGGCGUUGUCCAUGCGAUGCCUGGCCAUAGUGAAUCCCACAACAUUUGUCUAUCAGCACGUGUUGCCUAAACUGCCACUGCCUCCGUUGAAGAAAACACUCAAGAGACAUUUAGACUCCGUGAGACCCUUCUUAAGCGAAGAGGAAUAUAAGAAAACAGAAGAGGCGUCCAAAGAUUUUGAGAAGAAUUUAGGAUGGAGACUUCAGUGGUAUCUGUGGGCGAAGCACUUGUUCGUGCCAAAUUACGUAACGGAUUGGUGGGAAACCUAUGUCUACCUGUACGGCAGAACACCAAUUAUGAUCAAUAGUAACUACUACGGACUAGAUUGCGUGUUUGUGACAACUAAGAUCACCCAAGCGUCUCGUGCUGCGAAUAUGACAGCAGGUCUACUCAAGUUCCGCAGGAUAAUUGACCAUCAGACUAUGAAGCCAUUAAUGGCUCUAGGUCUGCGACCUCUUUGUAGUUCUCAAUACGAGAGGGCUUUUAAUACCACGAGGGUUCCUGGAAAGGAAUUUGACACGUUGAAAAAGUACCACAGAUCGGAGCAUCUUGCCGUUUACCACAGAGGGCGCUGGUUCCAAAUUCCAAUCUACAUGGGCUUUGAAACUGUGCCUCCGAAGGAUCUGGAGCGGUUGUUCCAACAGAUUCUGGACUCCCCCAUGGAACCCCUGCCCGGGGAAGAGAAAUGUGCGGCAUUCACUUCCUGGAAGAGAGACGAAUGGGCAAGAUGUCGGGAAUCUUACUUUCUGAGCAAUCCUACAAACAGGAAGUCACUGAACAUAAUUGAGAGUGCGGCAUUUGUGCUCAUUCUGGAGGACAAAGAGGCGAACUUCAACCCUGAAGACGAGUCCGAAGGCGACCGAUAUGCAGCCGAGGCUCUGCAUGGCAACGGAUACAACAAAUGGUUCGAUAAGACCUUGUCGGUCACAGUGUUUAAGAAUGGACGCACUUGUGUCAACGCCGAGCACUCCUGGGCAGAUGCACCGGUGUGUUGUCAAGCAUUCGAGUACGCUUUCUACCAGGACUACAGGGUGUUUGGGUACGAAGAGGACGGAAGCUGCAAAGGGGAACCAUCAGACAAGAAACUGUCUGCUGUCAAACUCCAAUGGGACUUCUCGGAAGCGUGUCUGAAAGACAUUGACUUAGCUGUAGCAGAUGCUCAGACACUAAUAGCCGACACAGACAUCAAACUCAUGAUGUUCGGUGACUAUGGAAAGGGAUUCGUGAAGAAGUGUAAGUGCAGUCCAGAUGGUUAUAUUCAACUGGCUCUUCAGCUAGCUUACUAUAGAGAUAUCGGAAAGUUCCACUUGACGUACGAAGCCUCAAUGACAAGGUUAUACAGGGAAGGCAGAACAGAAACAGUAAGAUCAUGCACUCAAGACACCUGCAAUUUCGUCUUGGCUAUCGAAAGUGGAUCUAAGUCAAAGCAGGAACUGAGAGACAUGAUUUGGAAGAGUUGCGAUUACCAUUCUAAGCUGUAUAGAGACGCCAUGGCGGGAAAAGGAGUAGAUCGACAUUUGUUUUGUCUGUAUGUGGUGUCCAAGUAUCUCAAGAAGGAUCACGACUUCUUGCAGAAGGUCAUCUACGAACCCUGGAGGCUCUCGACUUCUCAGACCCCUCAGGUGCAAAUGAACCUGGUCAGUUUAGAAAAAGAACCGAUGUUCAGGAGUCCGGGGGGAGGGUUCGGGCCUGUCUCCUUUGACGGGUACGGAGUGUCGUAUAUCGUAGCAGGGGAAGACAUUUUCUGGUUCCACGUGUCAUCAAGAAACAGUAGUCUGAACACAGAUUCGCAUAGGUUCCGAGGAAGAAUCAGACAGGCUCUGUUGGACAUGAAGGCAUUGUACGAAGACUAAGGAAGACUGAAGUUGAAUGAUUGUCAAAAGUGAUCGAACUAAUGAAACUAUGUGAAACAAAUAGGAAUUUAAAGAUCAAGUUAGUUUGUCCUUUCUCCUUUAGAUAAAGAAUGAAAUUUUUGAGCUACAAGUACAAACAACCUUGUCUAAGUUUAAAACCUAUUUAAAGCUUUGUCACGUAGGCGAGCUUAUUCGCUCAUAUUUAAUUCAUGUUUAAUUUGAAAACAAAAACAGGCAUAAAUUAACUUGAUCAAACUUCACAAUUAGUGCAAAAAAAACUAGAGUUUUACGGUUUACAGUUGUUUGCCUAGCUCAACCAACAAUAUUCAAUCACAACGCAAUGCAUUAUAUCAAUUUUGGAGCCUGAAUUACCACUCACUGAGUUUUGUGCUGAACCUGUGCUCAACAGUAGUUUAAAUAUAACAUCGGUUUAGUUGUAGCAGUUAGUCUUCGUAAGUUUAGACUAGACGUAGAUGUUUGUUUUCAUGAAUCCAUGCACAGUAGAAAUUUUUCCUAAAACUGUAAUGCACUGAAAUUUUAUCAGGGGCCGUAUUUGAACAUCAUUUGAGAGAGCUGUAAAUACUUAAUACUCGAGCUGCUUUGUAGAUUCAUUUCCUGUAUCUUAUAAUAUUCUUAACUAACUUUAAUUGUUUUUUAUUAAAUUUUCUUUUAACUAAUACAGGGUUAUGCUGCUGUCAUUUUUCUGAUCAUUAGUUAUCGAUCUGGCUCUGUACUAUUAUCUCAUUUACAUGAUGAAUAGAAAUUCGUAACCGU